UUUGUGUCGUUCAAGAGACCAGUCCAAUUAACAGUUGUUUUAAUACUAUUCAUGUAUAGAAGUGCUACAUUGUUAAAUAGAUAUUAAAUAUUUAUAAUAAUGGGUAAGACUACAGAGCAAAUGUUUCAUAAAGAAAGAGACAAACCGAAUAUUUUCUCAAAGAUAUUUUUUUGGUGGGUGUGCCCUGUGAUUUGGAAUGGCAACAAAAGAGACGUUGAAGAAAGUGACCUGGUGGUGCCGAGCAAAGUGUACAAUUCCAAGAAACAAGGAGAGAAGUUUGAAAGAGCAUGGCUGGAUGAAUUGGAUCGAGCUGCCAGUAAAAACGUGAAGCCGUCGUUAGGAUGGGCGCUUGUCAGAGCGUAUUGGCUCGAAUAUAUGCCGGGCGCCUUUUAUGUUUUGACGAUAGUUACAUGCAGAAUAAUUCAGCCAAUGCUCUUUGCUCAAUUACUGCGGUACUGGACGGUGGAUUCCGACAUAGAGCGGUUUGACGCCGGCAUGUAUGCGCUCGGCAUGCUGGGCCUCAACUUCGUGAUUAUGAUGUGCCAGCACCACAACACACUAUUUGUUAUGACCUUCAGUUUAAAGGUCAAAAUUGCAUGCUCUGCUUUACUCUACAGAAAGUUGCUGCGGCUAAACCAAGUGUCCAUAGGAGACGUGGCUGGCGGCAAGCUCGUGAAUCUUUUGUCGAACGACAUAACGCGGUUCGACUACGCGUUUAUGUUCAUGCACUACCUAUGGGUGAUACCGAUCCAGACUGCAGUGGUGUCAUACUUUUUAUACACAGUAGGUGGAUAUGCACCUUUCGUUGGACUUUUUGGAGUGAUCAUAUUGAUAACGCCAAUACAGGCCGGCUUGACAAAAUUAACGGCAGUCAUAAGGCGCACGGUGGCGACACGAACAGACAAACGAAUUAAACUAAUGAACGAAAUCAUUAAUGGAAUUCAGGUCAUUAAAAUGUACGCUUGGGAGAAACCCUUUCAAUUAGUAGUGAGCGCAACGCGAGCCUACGAAAUGCAGGCUCUCCGGAAGUCUAUCUUUAUACGGAGCGUGAUUCUUGGCUUCAUGCUAUUUACGGAGCGCGCCAUUUUAUUCUUCACGAUGCUAACCCUAGUUCUUUCUGGGACAAUGGUUGCCGCCACCACGAUUUACCCAAUCCAGCAGUUCUUGGGCUCAGUCCAAAUUAAUUUAACCAUGAUAUUGCCGUUAGCGAUCGCUUCACUGUCAGAACUUAAGGUUACCCUCGAGCGUAUGCAGAGCUUCUUAACGAUGGAUGAACGGGAAGAUGUAGCUUUAAUAAAAAAUGGUGCAAACGGUGCAAAUGGUUUCCAUAGAGACAUAUUUGCCUCAAAGACAAAAUCAGGAAACCAGACGCCGCAAAUUACUAAAUAUUCUGAAAUUGGUAAUCAAACACCAAACAAAACCCCAAUCCAAUCGAAUAAGUCGACCGAUUUCGCAAUCGAGUUGUCUGGGGUGACUGCGUCGUGGACAAACGGCACUCCGAGCGACGCAACUCUAAAGAACCUGUCUCUGCGCAUACGGCGCGGCAAGCUGUGCGCGGUCAUCGGACCCGUAGGCUCUGGGAAGACGUCUCUACUGCAGCUGCUCCUAAAGGAGUUGCCAGCGAAGACUGGUUCUCUCAACGUACACGGAUCCAUGUCCUACUCCUGCCAGGAAUCUUGGCUUUUCCCGGCCACUGUGCGGGAGAACAUACUCUUUGGGAUGCCGUAUGACUCUGAAAAGUAUAAAAAGGUGUGCGAAGCGUGUUGUCUAGCACCAGACUUCAAGCAAUUCCCGUACGGGGAUCUGUCUUUGGUUGGAGAGCGAGGAGUCUCCUUAUCCGGCGGUCAACGUGCCAGGAUCAACUUAGCCAGGGCUGUGUACAGAGAUGCUGAUAUCUAUCUUUUGGACGACCCACUGUCGGCGGUGGACGCUAAUGUCGGCCGUUUGUUGUUCGACAACUGCAUCCGAGGGCUGCUGCGCGAGCGCACGUGCCUGCUCGUCACGCACCAGGUGCACUACCUCAGGGACGCCGACCAGAUCAUCGUGUUGAACGAGGGUUCUGUAGAAAAUAUGGGCACUUACGAUGAACUAGUUAAAUCGGCCACAGAUUUCUCAUUGCUAUUGACAGAGAUGAAAGACGAUGACGACGAUGCCGCUGAUCCACAAGGAAAGAAACGUCCAUCAAUGAAACGAGGAAUAUCCGUCAAAAGUAUGACCGAUGAUUCUGAAUAUGAAAAGGAACAAGUCUUAGGAGCGGAAGAACGAGCGAAGGGUAACCUGGAGUGGUCAGUCGUAUGGGCGUAUCUGCGCUCCGUGCAAUCCUGGACGAUACUACUGCUUGCGCUCCUGACUCUGACCGUCACGCAGGCUGCGGCUACAUUUACGGACUAUUGGCUCAGCAUGUGGACUAAUGCUGUAGAGGACUACGUUCAAGAUCUUCCUGAAGAUCAAGAGCCUGAUCCUGGUUUGAACACCGACUUAACUUUGUUGACCAACGGCCAGUACCUAUGGGUGUACGGUGGUGGCGUGCUGACCGUGAUUCUGUUCUCUCAGUUGAGGAUCAUAACUUUUGUCGUGUCGUGCAUGCGUGCCUCGCAGAAUAUCCACGACAUGGUCUUCAAAAACCUCAUCAUGGCUGUUAAAAGAUUCUUUGACACUAAUCCCUCGGGUCGAGUUCUCAAUAGGUUCUCGAAGGAUCUGGGUGCAGUGGAUGAACUAUUACCUAGAAGUAUGCUGGAAACACUUCAAAUGUACUUGUCUAUGGCAAGCGUGCUGGUGAUAAACGCGAUGGCUCUGCCCUGGACGCUCAUCCCUACUUUUGUGUUGGUGCUGAUAUUCGUAUUCUUGCUGAAGUUCUACCUGAACGCAGCACAGGCUGUGAGGCGAUUGGAGGGUACCACAAAGAGUCCUGUGUUCAGCAUGAUCAACUCUACCAUAUCAGGAUUGUCAACCAUAAGAUGCUCUAACUCUCAGGAUAGACUUCAGAAGCAAUUUGAUGUAGCACAGAAUCUCCACUCAAGCGCAUUUUACACGUUCCUGGGAGGAUCAUCAGCGUUUGGCCUGUACAUAGACGCUCUAUGCCUUGUCUAUCUUGGAUUAGUGAUGGCUAUCUUCAUUCUCAUUGAUUUUGGGGACAUAAUCCCUGUGGGUACUGUGGGUCUGGCCGUGAGCCAGACGAUGGUGCUGACGAUGCUGCUGCAGAUGGCGGCCCGGUUUACCGCCGACUUCCUCGCGCAAAUGACGUCUUUAGAGAGGACCCUCGAAUACACCAACCUGCCUAAGGAAAAGUACAUGGAUGACGGACCGACAGCCCCACCACAAACCUGGCCUACCAGUGGUAGCGUGGUAUUUGAGAACGUAAACAUGAAGUACGGUCCUGACGAUCCUUAUGUUCUCAAGAAUUUGAAUGUUCAGAUCAAGGAUGGGUGGAAAGUUGGAGUAGUCGGAAGAACCGGAGCAGGAAAAUCUUCAUUAAUAUCAGCUCUAUUCAGGUUAUGCGAUAUCGAAGGAAGUAUUAAAAUUGAUGGCGUCGAUACGCAAGGCAUUGCCAAGAAGGAUUUAAGGUCGAAGAUAUCAAUAAUACCUCAAGAGCCGGUAUUGUUUUCGGCAACAGUACGGUACAACUUGGAUCCAUUCGACAACUACAGUGACGAUGAUCUUUGGCGAGCUUUGGAACAGGUAGAGCUGAAAGACGCUAUCCCAGCAUUGGACUACAAAGUGUCCGAGGGUGGGACAAACUUCUCGAUGGGACAGCGACAGCUGGUGUGUCUCGCGCGCGCCGUGUUGCGCUCCAACAAAGUGCUGGUCAUGGACGAAGCUACAGCCAAUGUGGACCCGCAAACGGACGCCUUGAUUCAAAAAACCAUCAGACAGCAGUUCACGGAUUGCACGGUGAUCACUAUCGCUCAUCGGCUUGUCACCAUCAUGGAUUCAGAUCGAGUGCUAGUCAUGGACAAGGGUCAAGCGGUCGAGUUUGACUACCCCUACGUCCUACUCUCCAACCCUGACAGCCAUCUCAACUUCCUCGUCAGGGAAACCUCCGACAACAUGAGCAAAGUGCUGUUCGAAAUGGCAAAAACCAAAUACUUCAGUUCCAACCCGGAGAAAUAAAUUGCGGGCCUAUCCACAAUUAUAUUUUUCUAUUGACGUUUUGCUGAUGUUUCCACCAAAGAUUAUUUCAGAGAAUUCUGUGGAAAACUGCAGUACCUUUAUCAAAAGAUAUUAGAAAAAGCAAUAUGAUUUGAGAUAAUAUUCUUUAAACUCUGUAAAUAAUUAUAUUAUUAUGUAGGACGUAGGUAGUUGUUACGUACAAACAAAUUAAUUUUAUGUACAGUUAUUUUAAACCGGACUGUUAAAAAAAACAGGCAGCUGCUGCAGUGUGCACGACAAAUUACAAAAAUAUGUUGCCAAUAUUCGCGGGGUGAACCAAAUGUUUGUUCAUUUUGUUCAGUACCGAAAAUAUUGUUCGGGACGCUCCCUGCAGUAAACAAAAUAGUUUUGUUUUAAUAUUUGGAAUUGACGACCAGUCGUCGUUAUAAUGACGAAAUGAAUGAAUUUUCUUUGAAUUGCUGACUCUUGUCGGCGAAGAAUGCAAGAAACAAAAAUAUU